AUGACCGGGAAUACCGGAGAUGAGGAGGUGUGCCAGGCGGUGCUGGGCUUCGUCGCCGAGGGCACGUACCCUGAGGAGAAGGUGGUUGCUGGCAAGUUCCCGGCAGCUGCCCUCGCCAGAGAGCUGGAGCUUAUAUCCAAGGCUCGUGAGCAGGUAGAAAACGAGAUCAGCUCCCUGAGUCGCGAGAACACCUUUGACGCCGACGACUGGAUUAUCCAAGCGAAACAACUUCAUGCAGACAUAGAACGAUCCAGAUUAACUGCGCGCGAGAUUGUCGCCCAGCAUGAGCAUACCAAUCCCCUACAAGCCAAGGUUGAAGACGCAAAGGCGAAGGUCGCAUUGGUAGAGACGGAGAUAGCCUUCAACGAGGCCGUCGCAGGCACUCUGGAGGAGGUACAGCGGCUGUGUCAGCGGUUGGAAAGUGGCCACGCUGCCCUCGGAAAUGGCCAGAUCACGACUGCCAUUGAGCAACUGGAGUCUACCGACGCGGCUGUUGGGAAGGAUUCUUUCUUUACCAAUACAAAUGUGAUGGGCAUACUCUCCGGAGAGGUGGCACAGCUGCGAUCCGAGAUUAUCGAAGCGCUUUAUAUGCGCUGGGCGGACCAGCUGAAGAUUGACCGACAGAAUCGCGAAUUCCAGGUUUCCAAGGCGGAUGCAACUGCUCUUGAGGACACUAUCGCGUCACUUGCCCGGAUGGAUAUCCUUACAUCUGCCAACCAGAAGUUCCAGAAGGACUUUUUCUCUGCAAUUCUCAAUCCAAUCUUGCUGCCUCGCCCUGAUGGAACCAGCCAUGGUGUUAUGGUGACGGAGACUAGCAUUCGUAUUGAUCCCGAGGCCUCAACAGCAACCGUGUCCGAGACGUUGGAUCGUCUUUCCAGCGUUUUGGGUCAUUUGCGACAGAAUCUACCUACGGUUGUAUCUGCGGCUCUCCCGGAGUCUUUCAUUCCAAGCAUCGCUUCAAAGGCGAUCUCAGAGUGGCUAUCUUCUGCCAUCCCCACCGAACUAGGUGGUCUUGCCGAUUUCGAGAAACUUCUGGACGGUGUCCUGCAAUUCACCCAGACCAUUGAGUCUUGGGGUUGGACUGGCCAGGAAGAACUGGUUUCAUGGGUUAACCAGGCCCCGCGCUUGUGGUUGACUCGGCGUCGGGUCGACUCACUCGAUAGUGUCCGGAAAGUUCUCGCUGCUAGCCAGGGCACAACCAAACAGGUCGAACGUGUCGAAAAAGAAAAAGUUUCUCAGACUAAUGGGGCCCUCCUGGAAAAUGCCGUCAAUGAUGACUGGGAUGCGGACUGGGAUGAUGAUAAAGAUGACACGGCUGUGAAAGCAGAUGCAUCAAAACCCCAAGAAGAAGAGGAAGACGUUAGUGCGUGGGGCCUUGAUGAUGACGAGACUCAAGAUGAGCCCAACCCAGACGCAGCGGUAUCCACAGAAGAUGAUGACGCGGAUGAUGCCUGGGGCUGGGCUGAUGAGGAUGAAGAUGCCCAGAGAGCUGACACUGAGCCUUCUAAACAAAAUAACACCUCCGCAACGAAAGAAGCAGACGCAAGGAACAUAACCGGGUCUUCGUCGCCUAAGGAGGUUACCCUGAAGGAAGUGUUUACCAUUACCGAUAUCCCAGAGUCGGUUCUCAGGGUGGUUCAGCAGCAAAUCACUGAUUCAAAGGAUAUCUCGCAGCCCGCACAUGCCAAUUCCCGCGUUGCCUCUUCUGGGAAUGGUCUCUUGGCUCUUCCGACCCUCAUCCUCGCCAUGUUCAAAGCUACAUCAUCGACAUUCUACUCGAUGAAACUUAGUUCAGGACAGAUGUAUCUUUACAACGACAGUCUGUACCUUGCAGAUGCGAUCCGGAGGCUGGUCGAGGAGCAUGAUCUCUCCAGGCUUCAGCCCGAUGUUGAGGCUUUGGAGAAAUUCGGAAAGCUUGCUUAUAGCAAAGAGAUGCAGACCCAGCGCACGAUUGUUACCGAUCUGCUGGAUGGAGCUCAAGGAUUUGGACAAUGCUCCGAACAACCAUUCCAGUCAAACUGUGAGAACUCUGUCAGCGCCACCGUUGACCGAAUUCGCGAUGUCUAUAAGGAAUGGCAGCCCAUUCUGUCACACUCUGCUCUGCUCCAGUCUGUUGGAUCACUCUUGUCUACAGUGAUAAACAAGGUUGUCAUCGAUAUCGAGGAUUUGGGCGAUAUCUCAGAGGAUCAGUCUCGGCAACUGGUCUCUUUCUGCAACCAAAUCUCGAAGCUUGAAGACUUGUUUAGGCCCGAGACUGGUGAUGCCGAGGCUUUGCCUGUCACAGCAAUUUACGUCCCAAGCUGGCUUCGCUUCCAAUAUCUGGUCAACAUCCUGGAGAGCUCGCUUGCCGACAUCAAGUACCUCUGGAUUGAAGGAGAGCUGGGCCUGGAAUUCUCUGCCGAGGAGGUGAUUGACCUGAUUGAGGCAUUGUUUGCUGAAUCUGACUACCGGCGACGAGCUAUCGCAGAGAUUCGAAGAGCUCCCAGAGGAUAG